GUGUUUAUUUGAGCUUUGGCCAAAUCCAACCUGGUGCACCAAACCCCAGCAGCUCCUGUACCCCCGACCAGUCACACAUACUGUACACACUCAGGGGCCAAUGGAGCAUACGACUUUCACCACACACACAUGAAUACCUGUCCAUCCUACCCACACCAAGGUGUGUUUGUCUUUCCUUGCCCACCAUUUUAGGUCCUCCCAGGGCAGGUAUUUCCCUCUCUUACCUACACACACACACGGGGCAGAGCUGUUUGUGUGUGUGAAGCACAUGCAUUGAUAACCUGCAGCUCACGGUCACUCAGUCUCACUUUGUGGCUGUCCCCCGAGCCUGGAACUCCCUCCGACCCGCUCCAUCUUGCUUAGCUGCACCCUGCGCUUCAUCAUGACGCCUUCGCCGCCGUUGUUCCUGCUGCUGCUUGGCCUCGUUGGCGCUCAUGCCACCAUUGACAUGCGCACCGCCGCCGCCAUGGCGGCUGGCUUGUGCAAAACCAAACCCACAGACCUCGUCUUCAUCAUUGACAGCAGCCGCAGCGUUCGCCCCUCUGAAUUUGAGCAAGUGAAAGUUUUCCUGGCCAAAGUCAUCGAGGGGCUAGAUGUCGGGCCCAACGCUACCCGUGUGGGAGUCGUCAACUACGCCAGCCGUGUCAAGAACGAGGUGUCUCUGAAGACCCACCGCAGCAAAGCCAGUCUGGUGAAAGCCGUGACCAAAAUCGAGCCGCUGUCCACCGGAACAAUGACCGGUCUGGCUAUCCAGUUCGCCCUUAACGUGGCCUUCAGUGAGAACGAAGGUGCUCGUGCCAAAUCUCCCGAUAUCAGCAAGGUGGCCAUCAUUGUGACAGACGGACGUCCCCAGGACAACGUGAAAGAUGUGGCUCAGCGUGCAAGAGACGCCGGCAUCGAAAUCUUCGCCAUCGGCGUGGGUCGCGUGGACAUGAGCACGCUGAAGCAGAUGGCUAGCGACCCCCUGGACGACCACGUGGACUACGUUGAAAGCUACAGCGUCAUCGAGAAGCUCACCAAGAAGUUUCAAGAGGCCUUCUGUGUGUCGGACCUGUGCGCCACCGGGGACCACGACUGCGAGCAGGUAUGCAUCAGCACCCCGGGAUCGUACAAGUGUGCCUGCAAAGACGGGUUCACCCUCAUGGACGAUGGUCGCAGCUGCAGCGCUUGCAGUAACGCAGCAACAGACGUGGUCUUCCUGAUUGAUGGCUCUAAAAGCGUGCGCCCCGAGAACUUCGAGCUGGUCAAGAAAUGGAUCAACCAGAUUGUUGACAAGCUGGAAGUUUCCGACGCCAAGGCUCAUGUCGGGCUGGUCCAGUACUCCAGCUCAGUCAAACAGGAAUUCCCUCUGGGCCGCUUCAACAACAAGAAGGACCUUAAAGAAGCCGUGAAAAAGAUGGCCUACAUGGAGAGAGGAACAAUGACGGGACAAGCCCUCCGCUUCCUCGUGGACAAAAGCUUCAGUGUUGGUCAUGGAGCUCGCCCUGGUGUCACUAAGGUGGGCAUCGUCUUCACCGAUGGACGCAGCCAGGACUACAUUGGAGAUGCUGCCAAGAAAGCCAAGGAGAUGGGCUACAAGAUGUACGCUGUGGGAGUGGGAAACGCUGUUGAGGAUGAGCUGAAGGAGAUUGCCUCUGAGCCAACUGGAGAACACUACUUCUACACUGCUGACUUCAAGGCAAUGACCCAAAUUGCUAAAAAGCUUCAGAUAAACAUCUGCCAAGAUGAGGACCCAUGUGAAUGUGACUCCCUUGUAAAGUUCCAAAAGAAGGUAGAAGAAGCCCUCCAGGCACUAACAAAGAAAUUAGACUCCAUGUCAAAGAGGAUCGCUCUGCUGGAGAACAAAAUCGUCUGAAGUCCAACCGCCCUUCCUUCCUGAAGCAGAUGCACACAUCUACUCACACACAACACAAGCUGUCUUACUACCUGUAAUGUUCCGAAGUGGACUCUAGCCUGAACUCCUCCACCACCACCACCACCACCACCUCUGCUCCCUCUCUGUUUAGCUCAUCUGCUCAUGGACGCAAGGCACCGGAGAUGUGUGUGUGCGAUUGAGUCUCCUCAACGUGCCUGUGUGUUUGUUAAUAAAAGUCUUCCCUCAUAGGGAAACGGUGACAGAACGACAGAAGGGCUUCUUUUCUUUUCACCAUCGCAUGUGCGCUCCAAAAUCUCUUAAAAUCCCAGGAGAGUCCGCCAUGCCACAUCAAUCACAGGAGCUUAGCUCUUUCAGAGUCUGUGUCACCGUCAAGAGUUCCCUCUCACAUCCUUCCACCGCAGGAUUUAAACAUGAAUUAAUAAAUUAUUUAAAUUGUGAUUGUAAGCUACACAAUUCAUCUUCAUUAUUUUCUAAAAUAAAGGUGAUUU